AUGGCUUCAACGCAAUCUACCUCCGUUUUCUUCUCCAAAGCGGACAAAUAUCUGAUGAAAACCGGAGUUCCUUUCUCGCCUGUAGUCAUCACCAAAGCCAAGGGCACUAGGCUAUACGAUGCCAACCAGCGGCAAAUCCUCGACUUCACCUCUGGCCAGAUGAGCUCGCUGCUCGGCCACUCGCACCCGGAAAUCGUCGAGGUCGUGCAGAAGCACGUUGCUGAACUAGACCAUCUCCUUAGCAACAUGAUCACCCAGCCUGUGGUCGAGCUAGCAGAACGCCUAGCCCGCUUCCUGCCUGCGCCCCUGGAAAAAUCUUUCUUCCUCAACACGGGCUCCGAGUCCACCGAAGCCGCUAUCAAAAUGGCCAAAUGCUACACCGGCAAAUUCGAGAUUGUCGCCUUUGCCGCCAGCUACCAUGGUCUCACCCAGGGCUCUGGUUCAGCAACCUACUCCGCCGGCCGAAGGAAAGGCGGGCCGUGCGUGCCUGGCCAACUGGCGUUCCCAGCCCCGUAUGCCUACCGCUCGCCCUUCCGCAAGCCCGACGGAUCGUACGACUGGGAAACAGAAAUGGAUUUCGCAUGGUCGAUGAUUGACCGGCAAAGCGUCGGUUCGCUGGCGGCUUUCAUCUUGGAGCCCAUCCUGUCAACCGGCGGCAUACUCGAUCUACCGGAUGGAUAUCUGCAGCGCCUGAGCAUCGAGUGUAAGAAGAGAGGGAUGCUCAUUAUCAUGGACGAAGCGCAGACCGGGGUUGGGCGGACAGGCGACAUGUUUGCAUUUGAGAGGGAUGGAGUUGUGCCCGACAUUCUGGCCUUGUCCAAGACACUUGGAUGCGGGCUACCCCUGGCGUCCGUCAGUACCACAAGUGAAAUUGAACGCGGUUGCCAGGAAGCCGGAUUUCUAUGGCUAACCACGCAUCUCAACGACCCGCUGACUGCAGCGGUGGGCAAUAAAGUGCUCGAAAUCAUAGAACGGGAUGGGAUGUGCCAGCGUGCCGCUGAGCGAGGCGCGCAGUUGCGCGAGGGUCUUCUCACGCUGCAGGAGAAAUACUGGUGUAUAGGCGACGUCAGAGGGAGGGGUCUUUUACAGGGGAUUGAGAUUAUUUCAGACCCGGAAACGAAGGCCCCCGGUCCUGAUCUUGGCCAGGCUGUUUCGGAUAGGGCAAUGGCGUGCGGUUUGUCUUGCAACGUUGUCAAUUUGCCGGGCAUGGGCGGUGUUUUCCGUCUGGCGCCGCCUGUUACGGUCUCGGCGGAGGAGAUAGAAGAGGGUCUUGCGAUUCUUGAUGAGGCGUUUGGUCAUGUACUGAAUUUGGGGACAUUAUAA